AUGCUUCAGGACCGUGACGAACUCGCCCGCAUACAGAGCGAGGUCAAUAAGAUCCGUAUCCGUCGCCAGUCGGCUGCCCCUACCAUACACCAGCCCGUACCCCAAGCCCCCAUAUUACCGGCCCAUCAGCCGUUCCUAUUCGCUCCACCUCCCCAGCCGUCACCUAUACCUCUCCAGGCCCCACAACCAACUUUGGCCCUGCCGCAGCAGAGAACGCCAACACCGUCUGAGACGGAAGCAGUGCCGCGUCGCUCCUUCUUAUACCAAGGUAAUAACCCCAUGAUAGCUCCCCUUCUUCUUCGUUUCAAAGCGGUGGACCUGAAAUACAUCAAACAAAUCUACCAUGGGCCGGUGAUACGUAUGACGGUGUUGGCGUUCUCUGCUGCGGCAGGGCCAAAGUUGGUUGUGGGGCCUGGAGAGGGCUUGGGGUACGGGCUGGUAUAUAGGGGAGGCAGCCGACUGGCGACGGGUACGGAUCUCAUUAUUGACCUCGCUCUGUAUGCGGGCGAGUUCGUCACGGUCCUGAAGCAUGUUGUUUUCGUCGGCCUGUUCCCGUUCGAGUUCCUGACGGGCGAAUUACAACUGAACGGUGUAGGGAUUAAGGACCGGGUCUGA